UAAGCUGUGACUAAACUACACGACUCGAAAGUCGAAACUAGUUAUUCGGUUACAUGAUGUGGCCUGUAUAAUAUAACUAGAGCUAUCUCUAGUUAUUGUAACUACUUAACUAGUGACGUGAAAUAACGCCCAACGGCCAACCCUAGUAACCUAGUUUGUAUACAAACAACCAUCAAACAACAAACUAAAAACUUCAAAGUUUUGUCACAGACCGUUUUGACACACUUUGUAGUUUAUAAAAUGAAAAAACGUUCGGCUAGGGUUUCAGAGGCCCAGUGGAAUAUAAUACUAAAUUUUCUCGACAGAAACCCUAGCUUAGCCAAGUCAAGAAGCUAUAACAAUAGCGCAAAAGGACGUGCCCAAGCCACACAAUUGUGGCAAGAAGUAGCCGACGCACUUAAUGCUGAAGUUUCGGGAACUUAUAAAACUCCCAAAGAUUGGUCCAUUUAUGUCAGCAACUAUAAAAGCAAGUUAAAGAAAAUAGUUUCUGGCAUAAAUGCUGAUGUGAGUGGGACUGGAGGAGGACCUCCCCGAGGGGGUUCCCUUACCCAUAUAGACACUCGCUUCCUGGCCAUCAUGGAACAGGGAUUUGCCAAAACAGAGCCAGAUGUGAGCGUCAAAGCCUUUUCCGAGCAGCCUUAUUCACCAACUCCGAUACCAUUUCAUGGUACCGAAGAGGUUAUCAUAUUUCCUGAAGUGGAGAUUGUGAAGCCUGAGCCUAAUUCUCCUGCCUCAGUCGAGCAGGGGGAAAGGGAGGCUGAUGAUGUUUUUAGCAAAGACAGAAAAGAACCGGAGCCGUCAUUGCCGAGAAGAACAAGACAACAGCGAUACCGCAAACGUCCAUCAACUCCUUUGGUUGAGGCUCGCCGGAUCUUGCAAAAAGUAGAAUUGCAGCGUUCUGCAGCAGAGCUGCGUAAUGCUGAAGCUCUAAAUCUAAUUGGGCAGAAUAUUGGACGCCUAGCUGAUGUUCUAGAAAGAUUUUUAGCGAGGGACAUGUCCUAAGUGCAUAUUAUGUUUUAAUAAUA